UCCACACACUCACACAGUCUUUAUCGAAGAGGAGGAGGAGGGCCUCGAUUUAUCGACUCCUCUUCGACUGUCAGGCGAGCGCACUCGUCCACGGAAAACCACCGCGGCCGCGAUCUCAACAAACAGCAGCAGAACACGCGCGGGGACGCCUUUUAUCGCCUGAACUCGUUUGUAUUGAUCUGAGGGUGCGGAUUUGUGGACGGAGUGAUGGCGGACUCAGGCAGCAGCGCAGCGGCAGCCGGAGCCGCAGGCUCGAAUGGGAGCGCCGCCGGGGCAGGAGGAGCGGUGCCGCCCGGGGGAGCGACUGGAGCUGCGGGAUCCAAGCCCGGCCUUGAGUCCGUGAAAGGGCAAAAUUUUGACGUGGGCCCUCGCUACACCGAUCUGCAGUACAUCGGGGAGGGGGCGUACGGGAUGGUUUGCUCUGCAUUUGACAAUGUGAAUAAGAUCCGAGUGGCCAUUAAGAAGAUCAGCCCGUUUGAGCACCAGACCUACUGCCAGCGCACCCUGAGGGAGAUUAAGAUCCUGCUGCGGUUCCGACAUGAGAACAUCAUCGGUAUCAAUGACAUUCUGAGAGCACGCCGCAUCGACUAUAUGCGGGAUGUCUACAUCGUCCAGGACCUGAUGGAGACAGACCUGUACAAGCUGCUGAAGACCCAGCAGCUCAGCAAUGACCACAUCUGCUACUUCCUGUACCAGAUCCUGCGUGGGCUGAAGUACAUCCACUCUGCCAACGUCCUCCACAGAGACUUGAAGCCCUCCAACCUACUCAUCAACACCACCUGUGACCUCAAGAUCUGUGAUUUUGGCUUGGCGCGGAUAGCUGACCCAGAGCAUGACCACACUGGAUUCCUCACAGAGUAUGUGGCCACUCGCUGGUAUCGUGCACCUGAGAUUAUGCUCAAUUCCAAGGGCUACACAAAGUCCAUUGACAUCUGGUCAGUCGGUUGCAUCCUGGCUGAGAUGCUGUCCAACAGGCCCAUUUUCCCAGGAAAGCACUAUCUGGACCAACUCAACCACAUACUAGGUAUCCUGGGCUCCCCCUCUCAGGAUGAUCUAAACUGUAUCAUCAACAUGAAGGCCAGGAACUACUUGCAGUCUCUGCCCCAGAAGCCCAAAAUUCCCUGGAACAAGCUCUUCCCCAAAGCAGACAAUAAAGCUCUGGAUUUGUUGGACCGCAUGUUAACCUUUAACCCCAUCAAGCGCAUAACUGUGGAAGAGGCACUGGCCCACCCUUACCUGGAGCAGUACUAUGACCCCACUGAUGAGCCUGUCGCUGAGGAGCCCUUCACCUUUAACAUGGAGCUAGAUGACCUUCCUAAAGAGAAGCUGAAGGAGCUCAUCUUUGAGGAAACAGCACGAUUCCAGGCUAACUACCAAGGCUCCUGAGGGAAGCGAGCUCUCGCGCAGAAUGACCAAGCCAUGUGACGGCUAAGAACAAGAUAACUCCAAACAAGCUACAAAAGUUAUACAUGCAUAUAUGGUAUCCAAAACAAAAAGAAGAAAAAAAUGUACAUUUGAAAACUUGAGCAUUUUUUCUUUUCUUUCUCCAUGUCUCUCUCUCUCUCUUUCUCCUUCCUGCUGGGCGGCUGUGCGCUUGUUUGGGUGUAUAACUUGCAAUGUUAACGCCAUCGGAUGCAGGGCUGUUGCUCACACUCGAUCUCACAAUCUUUACUCACAACAAACCUUACUGCGCACAGCCCCUGCUCUUUCACUCCUGCUUUCUUUAAUUUCUCUCUUUCACUCUCAUUCUUUCUCUGUCUCUUACUCCACAAACUCUACCACUCCAUUCUCUCUCUCUCUCUCUCCCUCUCUCAUUCCAUUUUUCUUUCCUCUUUGGAUUUCUCUGCUUACUACGGUUCUAUGUACUGCCCUCGAAUGGAGAAAGAAAGAAAAAAGAGAGGGUGGCAAGGAAAAGAGUGAGCACAAUUGUUCUAAUGGGCUCUAGCUGAGUGUGUGUACAUAUAUAUAUAUACAUAUGGGCUUUUUUUUUGUUUUGUUUUUUUCUUUUGCAUUCAGUUGGAGUAUUGUCAUAUAUGUCUUGAGAUCUGUUUGUACACUGUAAUUUGAACGUUUUGAUCAGUUACAAAAUGUGUUUUUGUAUGUUGGGAGUUUAUAUUUGAGUAUCCAUUUGGACAAAUGUUUCUAGUUUUUUUUUUUUAAGACAAUAUACGUUCUAUGUGAUGAGCUUUUUGUUUUUGGCUUUUGUGAAAGAGGUCUUGCUCUCUGAUUGUGAUCAGUGUCUUGCUAGCCAAUGGGUUGAGUUAUGGAAACAGAGGAAUGUCCAGUCCCGGGUGAAGGGAGGAACGAGCAAGAGCUACGGCGUAGCCUCCUGCUUUACCUACUGUACAGAUAUUAUCUGAAGCCGCUGUUGGGAUUCGAGACGCUUUUUUGCCAGUGCUUUUUGGAAAAUGAAGCCAUCAGUAUCAUCAAAACUCAGAUGUCACAUUCACAUUCAUCAUGCUGCUCCCUCUCUCUCUCUUGCUUUGUUGUUUCUUUCUUUAUCUUUUUCUCUUCAUCACUCCCUCCCUCUCUCUGUUAUCUAUUUAUCCCUCUCCUCCACUACACAUUUUCUACACAUCCCUUCGUGUGGCGCUUUUCCUUUUUAUUCCUUUUUGUGUUGCUCCUUAACAAUGGUUGUCAUUGGUUACUAUGUCUAUGGCUACUGUUGCCAUGGUCGCCCCUCUCUCUCUUUCGUCCCUUUGUUUGUUUCUUUUCUUUCUCAUUUCUCUCUCUUUAUUUUUAACGCAGAUUUGUUUAAGCAGUACUCAAAUACUGCUGAUAGCCCCCUCCCCCCCAAACACUCAGAUGCUGUCAAUGUUUUCAUGCUUUAAUUUUUUAAUGCUUUAAUACUACAUGAUCCAGAGUUAGCAAAUGUGUAUUUAUUCCUUUCCGUAUCAUUCCUUGUUUUCUUCUUUCCUUCUUUCCUUCUGUCCUUUCUUUUCUUUUUCGUCUUCUUGUCGUCUUUCUCCUCACUCGUUGUGGGCUGAGGUUAAAAUAGCCAAACGGAACGCUUUCAGAGCCAUAGGACACACAUAUAUAUAGUCAUAUAGUCAUUUUCACCCCCCGUCACUCAACCCUCCCCUCUUUACGUGAUGUCAGACUUUUUGAAAGGGCUUUUCCACAGGGCUCGCUGACCUCAUGCCUAUCUUGCCUGCGAUUGGUCGACCUUGUGUUUAUGUAGUCUGUGAUUGGCUGAUGUAGGACUUUUGCAUGUGUCGAAUCACAGGUGUGAUUUGCUUUUCGCGCUUUUUCCCCCCACUCUAUAACGAACUGUUAUUAUACAUGCAUUCGUAUUUUCCUUUUCCCUUUGUACAAACAGAAAAAAGGGAUGUCCGUAAACCGUUCGAACUGGCGCUUUUGGCAAAUCGUGGGUGAGGAAAGCUCACUCUAGGGGGAGGAAUGGAGGAAUCUUGAAAUAGCACAGGGUGGAUUUGUUUUGAUUUAAAGGCCAGGCUUGGACAAGCCUUGUUGAGCUAAACCAGCUCUAACAGGAAUGGUGCUUUGACUUUUGUUUAUGAUUUGGAAUGUGUCCAUCCAUUGCAUGCAGAAUUUAAUAAAAUGGAAAUUAUCUAAAGUGAUCAGAAAUGGAAACUCUGCUCAACUGAACUGCUAAACUGCUGUCUUAUUGGCUGCUUUCACACUGCAGGUAAAAUGGCCCAAAUCAGAUUUUCUGACUAAUCUGAUGUUUAUUUAAGCUGUUUACACCUUAAGUGCGCAAAACAUCAACAAUUCACGUGAAGUUUCAGUUUCGCUCUUAUUUGAAUAAAAACAGCUGGGUUCAUCACUGAAAACGCAUUUAAGCUCGCUGUAAGUUCACAUUAUUCGGCCUCAGCAACAUCUUUAGCUUGUGUCUUUGGCUUUUAGAGUUUUUAUCUGCAGCCUUCGAUGAUGCAGCCAUGUCUCUUUGACCACACGUACACUCGUACCAUUUCAUUAGAAAUGCUAAGCAGUUGUGACACAAGUCUUUGAAGUUGUUGUCUCAACAUUUUUGAGGUCUGUUACCUCAUUAUUCUGCCAUUUAAAACUCUUAUUCACUACUGUUGUCUAUUUCCCUUUUCCUCACAUAUUUUUUCCCCAUAAAUGCACUUCACAUUCCACACAAACACAUCUGUGUAACAUUUAAUGAAAAAGAUCUGGUUUGGGCCACUUUUAUCUGCUGAACCUGAUUAUGUGUAGCCUCAAUUGGAUUGAAACUGAUUGACACGUUUAAAUCAUAUACGUUUCAAAGCAGCAUUUUUUUCUUUCAAGAAUGGACUGAAAAAAAAUAAAACGUAAAAACGAGUGCACCCUCCUGCACGUUUCAUACGUCUGUGUGACUAUUGACAUUACUCAAUCUGUGCACCUGCACUUUGUGUCUCAUGACCAAACGCUUCUUUUAUUAUAUUCUUUUUUCUUUUUUUUUUUUCUUCGGUGCAAUUGUCCUCUUCCUUGUCUUUUCUUUAAUAGACACGCUUUGAGGGAUGGACUACGAAACUCGAAACGGUCAUUCUUCAGUCCCAUAGUUUGUUUAAUCUGUUUUUCUUGUUCUCUAUGGCACUCUAUGCUUUCUUCUCUUUUUCUCUUCUAUGUUUCUCCUCCCGCCCCAGUUCCGACCCAUCCAAUGUUCCUCGGCUUUGCUAGUGUGUUGUGGGACAGGAAGGCACAGGUGGUGGGGCUGCGUCCCGCCCGUGUCUGUGUCUGCAUGUCUGUCUGUUACAGCCUUGAGCUGCUCUUCUCUGCUUGCCCUUGUGGGGGUGACACCACACCACUCGCUGACCUGAGGGGAAACGAAUCAUUUACCAAGGAUUAUGAUCUUUCUAUGCUGUAUUGUCGCUGACGUAAUGCUUAUUUACAAAUGGGACCAUGGGGACUGUCUACAAUCAUAUACACACACACAGUACAUAUUAUCACCUACACACACAUAUAUAUAUAUUGAGAUAUACACACAUACAUGUACACACUUACAGAUAUCACACACAAACAGUAUAUGAUUUUGAAAGGCCUACAAAAAUAAGGCAGAUUUCGUAAUGUCCUUUUAAUGGCUGUUCUUAUAAUUAUUGCUGUUGUUAUAUUGGUGAGUCUUUUUUAAAGAGCUGAAAAGGGAUUUUCUUUUUGUUUUUUUCUGUUUAUUGUUUUAUUUCGUUCGUUUUCUCUCAUUUCUCUCUUUGGGUGUGAAAAAUAAUUGGCUGUGUUGUCACUCUUUCGGAAAUCUAUUUUUUUCCCCCUUAAUCUUCUAAGGACUUUUAUUUUAAAAGAUGAUUUAAAAGAUGAUCUGAGUAGAUAUGUGUAAGAGAUAUGAACCAAGGAUGGUUAUAGUCUUAUGUACAUGCUUAUGGGUAUUAUGAAUUAAACAAUUAACAAAGAAACAGAAUUAUAUACAUAUAUUAAAUAAAAUUCCUGAUACUGUA